GAUGGGGCCCCUGGAAGCAGCAGGUGAAGAGAACCAGACAGAUGAAAUGAAGAUGGAGCUGUUCACCAAGCUGUACUUGCCCAGAUACACCACACCGCUCAACGAACUGGCUCUGGACCCUAAGCCAGAGCUGAAGGACAGCACAACGCUAGUUGAAGUGCAGAUAAUCCUCAUCUUUGCUUACUGCUCCAUUAUCCUGCUGGGGGUGAUCGGAAACUCUCUUGUGAUCCACGUGAUCAUCAAGUUCAAAAGCAUGCGCACAGUCACUAACUUCUUCAUUGCCAACCUGGCUGUGGCUGACCUGCUGGUGAAUACGUUGUGCCUGCCCUUCACUUUGGUUUACACGCUGCUGGGCGAAUGGAAGCUGGGUCCGGUCUUGUGCCACCUGGUGCCGUAUGCCCAGGCUCUUGCUGUGCAUGUGUCUACUGUCACUUUGACUGUGAUUGCUUUGGAUCGACAUCGCUGCAUCGUCUACCACUUGGAAAGCAAAAUCUCUAAGCGGAUCAGCUUCCUGAUUAUAGGGGUUGCCUGGGCAGUCAGUGCCCUCCUGGCAAGUCCUCUGGCCAUCUUCCGUGAGUACUCCCUGAUCGAGAUAAUUCCUGACUUCAAGAUUGUGGUCUGCUCUGAGAAGUGGCCAGGGGAGGGGCAGCUCAACUAUGGCACCAUCUACAGCAUCUCCAUGCUCCUGAUCCAGUACGUGCUGCCUCUGGCAGUCAUCUCCUACGCCUACACCCGUAUUUGGACCAAGCUCAAGAACCAUGUGAGCCCUGGGGCGGGGAAUGACCAGUACCACCACCGGCGGCGGAAAACCACCAAGAUGCUGGUGUGUGUGGUUGUGGUGUUUGCUGUCAGCUGGCUGCCAUUUCACACUUUCCAGCUAGUCAGUGACAUUGACAGUCAGGUAUUAGACUUGAAAGAGUACAAACUGAUCUACACAGUGUUCCAUGUCAUUGCCGUGUGCUCGACAUUUGCUAACCCGCUUCUCUACGGCUGGAUGAAUAACAACUACAGGACGGCCUUCCUGACAGCAUUCCAGUGUGAACAGCGGCUGGACUCCAUCCAUCCUGAAGUAUCAGCAGCUUUCAAGGCCAGGAAGAAACUAGAAGCAAAGAGGAUUCAAUUCCCUGGAGACUCUUUCACACAACCUACCAAUGUCUAGGAUGUCUGAAGAAGAAAUGAAUAUGUUGUGGACAAAGGGAUAUAUCCAUUUUGACACAUGCAUUUUUAAUGCAUCGUUUUAUUCCUA